CGAAGUGCAGAGCUAUAAAAGAUAUGGGAUUACAUCCGUCUCAACUUGUUAGUAUUUUGUUAGGCCUUUUUCUCGCCUAUCAAGCUUCACAUUGUUCGGCUCAUCCAGUUCACAAAUACUGGCCUUCUGGGGGCGCAACUCGGUACUAUGACUUCAAGAUACAAAGGACAAAGGUAACCAAGAUUUGCAAGACUAGCGAGCUCACCACGGUCAAUGGGAUGCUUCCGGGGCCCGUGGUCUAUGCUAAUGACGGCGACCGUGUCAUCGUCAAGGUCACCAAUGAGACCCCCCAGAACGCCACUAUCCACUGGCAUGGAGUGUAUCAGAGACUAACAUGCUGGGCUGACGGGCCGGUAUACGUUACGCAAUGCCCGAUUCUGGCAGGCCAGACAUACACAUAUGAGUUCACUAUCGUCGAGCAGCAAGGCACUCUCUUCUGGCAUGCCCACGUGUCAUGGCUCCGUGGGACAGUUCACGGUGCCAUCGUCAUCUACCCCAAGAGAGGAGUUCCCUACCCCUUCCCUCACCCUUAUGAAGAGCGGAUUCUUGUAUUUGGGGAAUACUUCUUUACAGAUCCCGUGCAAGUUGAGCAAGCUAUACUCUUCAAUGGUGGAGCUCCUCCGCGUGCCGAUGCCUAUCUGAUAAAUGGCCAACCAGGGCCUCGUUACAACUGCUCUGCCACUGAUGUGUACAAAGUCGACGCGAUCCCGGGAAAGACCUACCUCCUCCGACUCAUAAACGCGGGCCUCAACCAGGAGCUAUACUUCUCUAUCGCCAGCCACAAGAUAACCAUCGUUGGGUCCGAUGCUCAGUACACCAAACCCUUGAUCCGGGACCACAUUAUGAUCGCUCCGGGACAAACCAUCGACGUCCUCGUCCAGGCAGACCAGCCCAUCGCUAACUACGAGAUGGCCAUUGGCCCAUACGUCACUGCCCAAAACGUCAGUUUCCAAAACAUCUCCGCGGUAGCCCACUUCCAGUACUCUGGCGCCAACCUCAACAAGGCAUCAGAGCCGGCCAUCCUCCCCGCCUUCAAUAACUCGCUCGUCUACGAUUCUCACCUCAAUGGUCUUCGUAGUCUUAGUGCCGAUUAUCUCCCAUUAGAAAUCGACACGAAUCUCUUCUUCACCAUCGGACUCAAUAUUGACCCCUGCAACCGCCCAAACCCUAGCCAGACGUGUACAGGAAACAACGGAGGCAUAUUUAGGGCUUCCAUGAAUAACAUAAGCUUUGUCAACCCGAGUUUAUCAAUCCUCCAAGCUUACUACUUCAAAGUUCCGGGAGCGUUUAGACCAGAUUUUCCGAGCAAACCGCUCAAGUUUUAUAACUUUGUGUACGGAGCACCCAACAACAUUCCAUUCAACACGGCGGCCAUGAACUCGACUCGGGUGGUGGAGCUCGAGUAUGGGUCGACCGUGCAGCUGGUGAUGCAAGACACUGGGACGGUUACUACCGAGAAUCAUCCCAUUCAUCUGCAUGGAUAUAGCUUCUAUGUAGUCGGGUUUGGUGUAGGGAACUAUAAUCCGAGCACGGCUAUGUUCAACUUGGUCGACCCGCCGUAUCUCAACACCAUCGGUGUUCCGGUAGGAGGAUGGGCGGCGAUAAGAUUCACUGCCAACAAUCCAGGAGUGUGGUUCAUGCAUUGUCACCUUGAUAAUCAUUUGAGUUGGGGAAUGUCGAUGGCUUUCCUUGUUAAGAAUGGGGUGGGGCCCCUAGAGACACUUCCUCCUCCUCCUGCAGAUUUGCCCAGGUGCUAGGGUUGUUAUUGCAAAGUGUCGCUUAAGAGUUUUUUCAUAAUUUCAGGGAUAUGUAUCUUAUUUUAAUUAUUAGUUCCUAAGUGGUUAUAUUUCCUAGUUUUCUUUUGGUUGUCUUCCGUCGUGUAAUGCACUCGAAAGCAAGUUAUAAUAAUUAUUACAUUCUACGUGGUUAUAUUUCUUUUAGCAUACACGA